AUGUUUGUUGGAAAACAAGCAUUUGCUGCUCAGCAGUCAGGACUCGAGUAUCUGUUGGGCACUCCGGAUGGAAAAGUUAGUUUGGGAAUCUUUGGAACAACGCUUGAGGAUGAACUCCUUGAAUGGGCAGACAGACACGGCAAAGGCAUAUUUGGAAUUAGGUGGGAAGAUUUUGCUAACAGAGGCACGCACGCGGAUAGAGCAAGACAGUUGUACGAGUACUCCUCCACCCAAUUUAUCCCGCCGGUCCCUAUUGUACCCCAAGCAGACCAGUGUUACCCCGGAGCCCACUUACCACAUUGUCACCCGACAACCUCCGUCCACCCCGUCAGUGGAAAAAUACAUUCCCACCGUCCCAACCAGCCCAAUCUUGCAAGAGUCGAACCCUUCCAGUCCCUGUUCCAUUGGGCUAAACCCAAAACCACAGACAUCCCAGUUGCCUCCGCCUCAACCAGUGCCAAAUGGCCUAACCCAUUGUUGUCUGACGAACCAACGAGGAGCCUGACAUGGCCGACAGGAAGUGAUACUCCAGAUCCCCGCCGGCAGAACUCCAUCAAAACGGCAAUCUCAUACGUCAGGGAGUUGGAAAGACAGUCUGCCUGGCGUGACACACAAGCCUAA